UGUGUAAAAUUCAAAUGAGCCAAUGUCAAGGAACUGCUUUUUGUUUGGGCGGCGGAGUUUUCGGAUUUUUGCUAACGAAGAAUCUUCAAUCAAACAAAACCUCUCAUUAAAACCACCUUCUUCCUCCAAAUCACCCUCUCAACUUCUCAAAAUCACACCUUUUGAAAUGGGCUCUCGUCAUUUCAGAUAUUUCUUCUGGUUAUCGUUACUAACGUGCCAUUUCUACUCCGUUUUCAUCUCCGCCGGAAAUAGAAUUCCGAUGGGUUUAUCAGUCGUAGACGGCGGCGCCACUAUAAUCUCCGCCGGAGAGAGAUUCGAAUUGGGAUUUUUUAGCCCUAACGGCUCCCGAUUCCGCUACGUGGGGAUUUGGCACUACGGAAUCUCAGUUCAACCAGUGGUGUGGGUCGCAAACAGAGACAAACCGCUAUCAGGAAACGACGGCGUUUUAUCCAUGGCUGACGACGGCAAUUUGCAGAUCAAAGGCGGCGACGGUGUGAUUGUUUGGUCGAGCAAUGCCUCUUCCUCAUCGCCUAAUUCGACGGCGAUUCUAUUGGAUACCGGAAAUCUCGCGAUUUUCCCAACCCCAAACUCGAAGAAAAUGCUCUGGCAGAGUUUCUACAAUCCCACUGAUACUUAUUUGCCGGACAUGGAAGCUCACAUGGACGCCGCCGGCGGAGAGCUCAAAAUUUUCCAUUCGUGGAAAUCCGCAAUUGAUCCUUCACCGGGGAAUUAUACAUUAGGAUUGGACCCUCGCGGAUCUCCGCAGAUUGUGAUUUGGGAAGGGGAGAAUCGACGGUGGAGAAGCGGCCAUUGGAAUGGAAUCUCAUUCAUCGGCGUUACAGACGUCAGGACGAUUUACCUCUCCGGUUUUCGCCUCACGAAUUUGGGAAAUGGGAAGCUGUUCUUCACCUACACCCCUUCCGGAGAUUCCUCAUUUGUGAAGUUUCAGAUUGAUUGGGAGGGGGUUGAGAGGCAGGAGGCGUGGAGCAAUGGCGAGUGGCGCGUUGUGCAGGCUCACCCUGUCGACGACUGCGAUAGGUACAACCGGUGUGGGCCGUUUGGCGUGUGUGAUCGGAUGGAUGGGAUGAGGUGUCGUUGUAUGGAGGGGUUCGCGGUUGAUGAUGGCGGGCAGUGGUGUAAAAGGAGGGCUCGUUUGCAGUGUGGGGUGGCUGAGGGCGUUGGGAACGACGGAUUUGGGGAGGUUGAGGGCGUGAAGCUGCCCGACUUUGUGGAUUAUGUCGGGUUAGAAAGCGCGAAGGAGUGCGAAAGGAGGUGUUUGCACAACUGUUCUUGCACUGGAUAUGCUUUUGUUAGUGGGAUUAAUUGUAUGAUAUGGACCGGAGACUUGGUUGAUGUUGAGCGGUUCGUGGAGGGCGGGAACACUUUGUUCGUUCGCCUCGCUGCCUCAGAAUUGGGUGAAACGAAGCGUGCUUAUAGAGCAGUCAUUAUCACAGCCGCAGUUGUUGGGUCGUUCCUUUUAUUUAUCGCGGGUUGGCUUUUCCUGCAGAGACGAAGAAAACGUGGCGUGGUUACAGAAACGAACGAAGUGCCCAAAGUUGGUCCGAGCAGAGAAUGUUCGAUCGAUUACUCUGGACCAAGUGAUCUUGGAGUUGAAGGACAGCAAGGGAAUGGAACUGAACUAGCACUGUACAGUUUCAACUCCUUGGUAGCAGCUACCGACAACUUUUCUGACGAUAAUAAGCUCGGACAAGGAGGAUUCGGUCAUGUAUACAAGGGUGUACUACCGGACGGGCAGGAGAUAGCAGUGAAGAGGCUCUCGCGAAAAUCUGGCCAGGGGCUACAGGAGUUCAAGAAUGAAGUUAUGCUGAUUGCUAAGCUACAGCACAGGAAUCUUGUUAGACUGUUGGGCUGCUGCAUUCAGGGAGAAGAAAACAUUCUGCUUUACGAGUACAUGCCCAACAAAAGCCUCGAUUCGUAUCUCUUUGAUCCUGAUAAGAAGCCCCAGCUAGACUGGAGUAAACGAUUCAGCAUUAUCACGGGGAUUGCACGAGGGCUUCUGUAUCUGCACCGCGACUCAAGGCUUAGGAUAAUACACAGGGACCUAAAAGUCAGCAACAUCUUGCUGGAUGAAGAGAUGAACCCAAAGAUCUCGGAUUUUGGCAUGGCCAGAAUAUUCGGAGGGAACCAAAACGAAGCGAACACAAACAUUGUCGUUGGAACAUAUGGCUACAUGGCACCUGAGUAUGCUAUGGAGGGCUUGUUUUCCCUCAAGUCGGACGUUUAUAGCUUUGGCGUACUUCUCUUGGAGAUCAUAACCGGUCAAAGAAACGCUAGCUACCGCUCAACGGACUUCUCAAAUAUGGUUGCAUAUGCGUGGGAUCUUUGGGACAAAGGGAGAGCGAUCGAGCUGCUGGAUUCUUCAAUCCGGGAAUCGAGCUUGCAGGAACAAGUGCUGAGAUGCAUUCAUGUCGGGAUGCUGUGCGUGCAAGACGUUGCUGCAAACAGGCCAAACAUGCCGGCUGUUCUGCUGAUGCUGGAGGGCGAGAACGUGGCGCUGCCUUUGCCGAGACAGCCUACUUUUACAUCAAUGAGGUAUAAUCUAGAUGAGGAUAUGUGGAAUGUAAAUCAAGAUGCUGCAUCCUCAAACAAUGUUACUAUCACUGCUAUUCUUGGAAGAUAAUUCUUUGAUUCUUAUUUUUUUUAAUGUUAAUAUGAAAUGCUGUAUAUAUAGUUUAUUGCCUCUAAUGAAGGAAUAAUCAUACGUUAGAAAGAUCAACUUUUCACA